GCGGUCGCCGAGGAGACGGCGCAGGUCUCGCUGCGCGUCGCCCCUCUGCAGUCCCCCCGCCCAUUUUCUCCCACCACAAUGAGAUCCUAAGAUGGCGGUGUGUGCGGCGGUUGACGCCGAGAGGCUAAAGUAGAAAAGGGGCCGUUGGGCUCUAGAAAGUCCAGGACCUUGUGAACCUCCUCUGCGGUCUCUCAAGUCCGACCGCUGUUGGUGGCAGGAGGAGCUACUUCGUUAAUAGGUAAAACCUGCGCGUCUCCGGCCCCUGGCAACCGAGGGCAGCGCGCCCUAGAGGUGGAAGAGCAACGGCUUUAGGACUCUUUGACAGUGUUGGGCCCGGCUUCGGGCCCAGAGACCUCUGUAGGCUCCUGGGUCUUCUCUGGCAGCUUUUCGUCCCUUGGGCACACAGUCCGCCCCUUUCCUGGGACCAACCGACGCGACCUCCGGAAAAUUGUUAAAAGCCAGUAUGGCUACAGGAGGUGGACCUUUUGAAGAAGGCAUGAAUGAUCAGGGUUUACCAAACUGGAGCAGUGAUACUGUUGAUGACCGACUCAACAAUAUGGAUUGGGGUGGCCAACAGAAGAAGGCAAAUAGAUCAUCAGAAAAGAAUAAGAAAAAGUUUGGUGUAGAAAGUGAUAAAAGAGUAACUAAUGAUAUUUCUCCGGAAUCAUCACCAGGAGUUGGAAGGCGAAGAACAAAGACUCCACAUACAUUUCCACAUAGUAGAUAUAUGACUCAGAUGUCUGUCCCAGAGCAGGCAGAAUUAGAGAAACUUAAACAGCGGAUAAACUUCAGUGAUUUAGAUCAGAGAAGCAUUGGAAGUGAUUCUCAAGGAAGAGCAACAGCUGCUAACAACAAACGUCAGCCUAGUGAAAACCGAAAGCCCUUCAACUUUUUGCCUAUGCAGAUUAAUACUAACAAGAGCAAAGAUGCUGUUACAAGUCUUCAAAAGAGAGAAAUGAUUGGGUCAGCACAAUGUAAAGAGUUGUUUGCUUCUGCAUUAAGUAAUGACCUGUUGCAAAAUUACCAAGUCUCUGAAGAAGAUGGGAGAGGAGAGCCUGCAAUGGAGAGCAGCCAGAUUGUAAGCAGGCUUGUUCAAAUUCGUGACUAUAUUACUAAAGCCAGUUCCAUGCGAGAAGAUCUUGUAGAGAAAAAUGAAAGAUCUGCUAAUGUUGAGCAUCUUACUCAUCUAAUAGAUCACCUUAAAGAACAAGAAAAAUCAUACAUGAAAUUUCUCCAAAAAAUCCUUGCUAGAGAAAAUGAGGAGGAUGUUCGGACUAUAGAUUCAGCUGUGGGAUCUGGUUCUGUAGCUGAGAGCACAUCGCUAAACAUAGAUGUGCAGUCUGAGGCUUCAGAUACCACGGAGGCAUCUUUUAGACUGAGAAUUCGGCCGUACAUUGAGGACAAACUAGGGAAUUCAGCCUCACAAGAACAGGUUUCAGACAUUGACGUUACUACAAGUCCAAAAGGGAAAGGUGACAGACCUCCUCAGAAUGACAGGGAACUGAGGCCUAAUAGAAAAUAUAGCCGAAAACGUGGAUUUCCCUCAAAGGGCAGAGAUCCUGAACAGGAGCCUAUGGAAGAGAUAGAAAAUUUGAAGAAACAACAUGAUUUGUUAAAAAGGAUGUUACAACAACAGGAGCAACUUCGAGCUCUGCAGGGGCGACAGGCUGCUCUUCUAGCUCUGCAGCAUAAAGCAGAGCAAGCUGUUGCUGUAAUGGAUGAUUCUGUUGUUGCAGAAACUACAGGUAGUUUAUCAGGAGUCAGUAUCACAUCUGAACUAAAUGAAGAAUUGAAUGAUUUAAUUCAGCGUUUUCAUAAUCAACUUCGUGAUUCUCAGCCUCCAGCAGUUCCUGACAACAGAAGACAGGCAGAAAGUCUUUCAUUAACUAGGGAGGUUUUCCAGAGCAGGAAUCCAUCAGUUUCCGAACAUUUACCUGAUGAGAAAGUCCAACUUUUUAGCAAAAUGAGAGUGCUACAGGAAAAGAAACAAAAAAUGGACAAAUUGCUUGGAGAACUUCACACACUUCGAGAUCAGCAUCUGAAUAACUCAUCAUUUGUGCCUUCUUCAGCUUCUCCACAGAAGAGUACAGAUCAGAGAAGUACAAGUUCAGCCCCUUCUGCUUCUGUAGGCUUGGCGCCAGUUGUCAAUGGAGAGUCCAAUAAUGGCCUUACGUCAUCUGUUCCUUAUCCUGCCACUUCUCUGGUUUCUCAGAAUGAGAGUGAACGUGAAGGGCAUCUAAAUCCAACUGAAAAACUCCAGAAGCUAAAUGAAGUUCGAAAGAGAUUGAAUGAAUUAAGAGAAUUAGUUCAUUAUUAUGAGCAAACAUCAGAUAUGAUGGCAGAUGCUGUAAAUGAAAACACAAAAGAUGAAACUGAAGAGUCAGAAUAUGAUUCUGAGCGUGAAAAUUCUGAACCUGUUGUUAACAUUCGAAAUCCACAAGUAUCUGCCACAUGGAAUGAAGUAAAUAGUAAUAGUAAUCCACAGUGUGUUUCUAAUAAUAGAGAUGGGAGAUCAGCCAAUUCUAAUUGUGAAAUAAACAACAGAUCUGCUGCCAACCUUAGGGCUCUAAACAUGCCGCCUUCUUUAGCAGAUUGUCGAUACAAUAGAGAAGGAGAUGAAGGGAUCCAUGUAGCACAAGGGGAAAAUGAUGAGGAGGAAGAAGAAGAAGAAGAAGAAGCAGAAGAGGAGGUAGUCAGUGGAGCUUCGUUAUCUAGUCAUAGGAGCAGUCUGGUUGAUGAGGCUCCAGAAGAUGCAGAAUUUGAACAGAAGGUCUACAGACUUAUGGCUGCAAAACAGAAACUUCGACAGUUACAAGAUCUUGUUGCUAUGGUGCAGGAUGAUGAUGCAGCUGAAGGAGUUAUCUCUGCCAGUACACCGAAUUUGGGUGAUGUCUACCCACCAGAAGUGGAAAUCAAACAAAAUUCAAAUAAAGCUAGAGGAAAUAGCAAUAAAACACAGAAAGAUACUAGAGUAAAUGAAAAGGCAAGAGAGAAAUUUUAUGAGGCUAAAUUACAGCAGCAACAAAGAGAGCUAAAACAAUUGCAAGAAGAAAGAAAGAAACUGAUUGAGAUUCAGGAGAAAAUUCAAGCAUUGCAAAAGGCAUGUCCUGAUCUGCAGCUGUCAGCUGCUAGUGUAAGUAAUUGUCCUACAAAAAAAUAUAUACCAGCUGUUAUUUCAACCCCAACUGUUAAUGAAAAUGAGACUAGUACAAGCAAAUCUGUUGUUGAUCCUGAUGAUUCUUCAGUAGUAGAUAAUGAGUUGUGGUCAGACAUGCGAAGACAUGAAAUGUUGAGGGAAGAGCUGCGACAGAGAAGAAAGCAGCUUGAGGCUCUGAUGGCUGAACAUCAGAGGAGGCAAGGUCUAGCUGAAACUACAUCUCCAGUGGCUGUGUCAUUAAGAAGUGAUGGAUCUGAGAACGUGUGUACUCCUCAACAAAGUAGAACAGAAAAAACCAUGGCAACUUGGGGAGGUUCUACUCAAUGUGCACUCGAUGAAGAAGGAGAUGAAGAUGGUUACCUUUCUGAAGGAAUUGUUCGGACAGAUGAAGAAGAAGAAGAGCAGUAUGCCAGUUCCAGUGACAACUUUUCUGUAUAUCCUCCUAACAGUGUGAAUCAUAACUCCCAUAAUGUAAAGGAAACAAAAAAUAGGUGGAAGAACAAUCGCCCUUUUUCAGCUGAUGGAAAUUAUCGUCCUUUAGCCAAGACAAGACAACAGAAUAUCAGUAUGCAACGGCAAGAAAACCUUCGAUGGGUGUCAGAGCUCUCUUAUGUAGAAGAGAAAGAACAGUGGCAAGAACAAAUUAAUCAGCUAAAGAAACAACUUGAUUUUAGUGUUAACAUUUGUCAGACUUUGAUGCAAGACCAACAGACUCUGUCUUGCUUGCUACAAACUCUUCUCACUGGUCCCUACAGUGUUAUGCCAAGCAAUGUUGCAUCUCCUCAAGUACACCUCAUAAUGCACCAGUUGAACCAGUGCUAUACACAGCUAACGUGGCAACAGAAUAAUGUUCAGAGGUUGAAACAAAUGCUAAAUGAACUCAUGCACCAACAAAAUCAUAAUCCAGAAAAACCUGGAAGCAAGGAAAGAGGCAGUAACACAUCACACCCUCCUUCUCCCAGUUUAUUUUGUCCUUUCAGCUUUCCACCACAGCCUGUAAAUCUGUUUAAUGUACCUGGAUUUACUAACUUUGCAUCAUUUGCACCAGGUAUGAAUUUCAGCCCUUUAUUUCCUUCUCCUUUUGGAGAUUUUUCUCAGAAUAUUUCUUCAUCCACUGAACAGCAGCAGCCAUUAGCCCAGAACCCUUCAGGGAAAACAGAAUAUAUGGCUUUUCCAAAACCUUUUGAAAGCAGUUCCUCUAUCGGAGCAGAAAAGCAAAGGAAUCCGAAACAGCCGGAAGAGGAAGUAGAAAACAGUAGGACACCGUGGAUAUAUGACCAAGAAGGAGAAAUAGAAAAACCAUUUAUCAAGACUGGAUUUACACUGUCAGUAGAGAAAACUACAAAUAGUAAUCACAAAAAUCAAUUAGAUACAAGUAGGAGAAGACGCCAGUUUGAUGAAGAAUCAAUAGAAAGCUUUAGCAGUAUCCCUGAUCCAGUGGAUCCAACAACAGUAACUAAAAUAUUCAAGACAAGAAAAGCAUCUGCACAAGCCAGCCUGGCAUCUAAAGACAAAACUCCCAAAUCAAAGAGUAAGAAGAGAAAUUCUUCUCAUCUGAAAAACAGAGUUAAAAAUGUUGGGUAUGAAAGUGCCAGUAUGUCUAGUGCAUGUGAACCUUGCCAAAGUAGGAACAGACAUUCAGCCCAGACUGAAGAGCCUGUUCAAGCAAAAGUAUUCAGCAGAAAGAAUCAUGAGCAGCUGGAAAAAAUAAUAAAAUAUAGUAGGUCUGCAGAAAUAUCUUCAGCACAUGCUAGGAGAAUACUACACCAGUCUAACAGAAAUGCAUGUAAUGAAGCACCAGAAACUGGGAGUGAUUUUUCCAUGUUUGAAGCUCUGCGGGAUACUAUCUAUUCGGAAGUAGCUACAUUAAUUUCUCAGAAUGAAUCUCGCCCACAUUUCCUUAUUGAACUCUUUCAUGAGCUUCAGCUACUUAAUACUGACUAUUUGAGACAGAGAGCUUUAUAUGCAUUGCAGGACAUAGUAUCCAGACAUAUUUCUGAAAGCCAUGAAAAAGAAGGGGAAAAUGUAAAGUCAGUCAACUCUGGUACUUGGAUAGCAUCAAACUCGGAACUUACACCCAGUGAAAGCCUGGCUACUACUGAUGAUGAAACUUUUGAGAACUUUGAAAGAGAAACGCAUAAAAUAAGUGAGCAAAAUGAUGCUGAUAAUGCUAGUGUCAUAUCUGUAUCUUCAAAUUUUGAGCCUUUUGCAACAGAUGAUCUAGGUAACACCGUGAUUCACUUAGAUCAAGCAUUAGCAAGAAUGAGAGAAUAUGAGCGUAUGAAGACUGAAGCUGAAAGUAAUUCAAAUGUGAGAUGCACCUGCAGGGUUGUUGAGGAUGAAGGAACUGCUGCUGCUACCACUAUAGUUAAUAAUUUAGAAGAAACUCCCAUUAUUGAAAAUCAUGGUUCACAACAACCUGUAAGUGAAGUUUCUACUGUUCCAUGUCCUAGAAUUGAUACUCAGCAGCUGGACCGGCAAAUUAAAGCAAUUAUGAAAGAAGUCAUUCCUUUCUUAAAGGAACACAUGGAUGAUGUAUGCUCUUCUCAACUUCUCACUUCAGUAAGACGCAUGGUUUUAACUCUUACCCAGCAAAAUGAUGAGAGUAAGGAGUUUGUAAAGUUCUUUCAUAAACAACUUGGAAGUAUAUUACAGGAUUCACUGACAAAAUUUGCGGGCAGAAAACUGAAAGACUGUGGAGAAGAUCUUCUUGUAGAGAUAUCUGAAGUGUUGUUUAAUGAAUUGGCUUUCUUUAAGCUCAUGCAAGAUUUGGAUAAUAAUAGUAUAACUGUUAAACAGAGAUGCAAAAGGAAAAUAGAAGCAGCUGGAGUAAUACAAUCUUAUGCCAAAGAGGCCAAAAGGAUUCUUGAAGGAGAUCACAGCUCACCUGCUAGAGAGAUUGAUGAUGAAGACAAAGACAAAGAUGAAACUGAAACAGUUAAACAGACUCAGACAUCUGAGGUAUAUGGUGCCGAAGGUCCCAAAAAUGUAAGAUCUGAUGUUUCUGAUCAAGAGGAAGAUGAAGAAAGUGAUGGAUGCCCAGUGUCAAUUAAUUUGUCUAAAGCGGAAACUCAGGCUUUAACUAAUUAUGGAAGUGGAGAAGAUGAGAAUGAGGAUGAAGAAAUAGAAGAAUUUGAAGAGAGCCCUGUAGAUGUCCAGACUUCACUUCAAGCUAACACUGAAACUAUAGAAGAAAAUGAACAUGAUGAUCAGGUUCUACAACAUGAACUUGAAAAAACAGCAGAAAGCACGAAGAUCCCAUCAGAACAAGAACACAUUAGUAAAGACUUUUUUUUGAUGACAGAUGACCAAGAUAGCUCUCCUAUGAAGCCCUGUUAUCUCAAUAUCUUGGAAAAUGAGCAACCUUUAAAUAGUGCUGCCCACAAGGACUCACUUACUACUGUUGAUUCAUCUCAGCAGCCUAACCCUCUGCCGUUACCUUUAACUGAAAUUGAAACCUUAGUGCCUAGAGUCAAAGAAGUUAAAUCUGCUCAGGAAACUCCUGAAAGCUCACUAGCUGGAAGUCCCGAUACUGAAUCUCCAGUGUUAGUGAAUGACUAUGAAGCAGAAUCUGGUAACAUAAGUCAAAAGUCUGAUGAAGAAGACUUUGUGAAAGUUGAAGAUUUACCACUUAAACUGACGAUAUAUUCAGAGGCAGAUCUUAGGAGGAAAAUGGUAGAAGAAGAACAGAAAAACCAUUUAUCUGGUGAAAUAUGUGAAAUGCAGACUGAAGAAUUAGCUGGAAAUUCUCAGACACUAAAAGAACCUGAAACAGUGGGAGCCCAGAGUCUAUGAGAUGUCUUCAGAGGUUCAUCUGAUUCUUUCUUUACAUAGUGCAUACAUGAAAACGAUACUAAAUAAACACAUUUUGAUCUGUAUAAAAAUGUAAAUUAGUUUGACACUGCAUUUUUGAUAGAUGUGCUAAUUUCUGCCCAUGGCAGUUUAUACAUCAGAAACUGAAUUCUCAAGCCUUGAUACACUGUGGGGAUAUUGUUUUUUUCUUUUAUCUUUUUCUUUUGUGUUCUGGGUUCUUUUAUUUUCCUCAUUGUGAUGUUUGGUAAUGUUAAAUUUAAAAUGUAGACUUAAAUAAAAUUUGAACUUACCUGUAUCUUUCUUUGGAAAUUAUGUUGAAUUCAAUACAGCAAAUUACUGUUCUGUAUAAUUUUAGGCAACUCAACGAAAGCAAUGAUCAGGAAUUAAAUAUAUUAUUAUAGAACCCAGCCAUUAGCCCCAUCUUCCAAAUAAUAUCAUUGUUGCUGCCGAUAUGCCUAGUGUUCUUUUAGAUAUCUGCAGGUCCUAUUCCUGUGUAAGAAUAGGGCAGGACUGGGAAUGUAGCUCAGAGGUUGAACACUUGCCUAGUAUGCACAAGGUCUUUGGUUGGAUCCCUAGAAUCAUCCCAGUGCCCCCCUAAAAAAUGUGUAUGAUAAAGAUAUCCAAAGUACUUGUGAAGUUAUCAUAGAAUAUUUAUUAGUAAUCUAUUUAAAAUGCCUAAGUUUAAAACAUAAAUCAUCAGUACCUAGAACUUACAUAAUUGUCUAUUAAAUGAAUAUUUUCUAGAUUUGCAAAUCCUAUCUAUGUUCCUUCAGUUUAAAAAUUAAAAAAUACAAUCAGGGAGUAUUUCUGCACAGGCAAGUAACAUUUUGGUCAAUUUUAAAUGAAAGACCAAACUCUUUCAAGUAGGGAUAAGUAGAUUUAAAUUAUGUAACAGAACAUUAAGGUUCUGUAUGCCUUUGGACAAGCUUGCCUAUUUUAAAUGAUAGUUUAAAACCAAAGCCUAACCUUUGAUUUUUGUGCGUAGUGAGAGAGAAGCAGGUUCACAGGAGAAGUAUUGAAGUACUGAAUAAAAAAAAUCUAUGUGACUUCACUAUAAGUAAACCAACUUUUAAAAGGUGACUUACUGUUUUAUCCCAAUCUUACCAUAGACUCACUUAGGCCUGACAGAGCCAGGUAACAAUGAAUAAGUCAGUCUUACAGAUGCUUCCUUGAAUAAAAUGUGAAGAAUUAGAUCUUAGUGCCCAAGUAUCUUUUAAAUUUGAAGACAGUUGUCUUAGCUAUCCCAAAUGAAAAAAUUUGCUUGAUAUUCUUUUAAAAUUCUUACUUGUGUGAUACUUUAUAUAGCAUAAACUAUAAUCUUGAAUCAGGAAAUAUUAAAUGAGGAUUUCCCCUAUGAGGAGAUUUACUGUAUUGCUACUUAGUUUAAAUUAUGUAAGACUUGUAUCUCCAACCUUAAUAAAACCCAUUCAGAGAAGUACCAGUCCAGAAUGAGGAAUUCUUACCUAGUUGGACUGACUUCAGGGAAUUUGGAUCAAUAAGUUACAUUGUAUGUAUACUCAAGCUCUGUAUUUUCUAAACUCUCUUCAAUAGGAAGAGGGGAAAACUUCAUUUGAUACUUAAGCCAAGCCUUACAUAUUACAGCUGUCUUUCCCUGCAUGCAUAUUAAGGAUACAGUGGAAGAAUUGUGUUUAAUAUGGUAGUCAUUACCAUAGUACCUAAAAAACUCAUUAAACUAGCUUAUUUGACUUACGUUGUAGCUGCUGUCUACUUACUACCAUGGUACCUAAAAACCUUAUUAAACUAGCUUACUUGACUUAUAACUGCUGUCUAGUCUAUUGUUUUUCUAUUUUAUUGAUACUUUAGUUUUAAAAUAUCUAGGGCUUGAGAGCAGGUGACUUGUUCAAUGUUUUUCCUAGUAACUAUUUUUAAAGAGGCGUUAAAUAUUCCUGUUUGUCUUAAUUUUUAAGUUAAAAAUUUGGUUAGAGAUAGAGGGAGAAAAUGUCAAAAUAAAAGAGAACCCUGUGCAGGUUGGGAUAAUACCUAAAAUAAUGAACUAGCCAGACUGGUGAUAACUUUGUAUUUUGUAACAUUCAGCUUAGGUAAAUGCUUUUUCACUGCUAAUAAAUGUAUACCCUACAUAGAA